AUAAAUGAAUAAAGCUCACCAAACUCACCACUUCUUGGCACUUGAAAAGACAAUGGAGUGUUCUAACAUUAUAAAUAUUUGACAUAUAUUUUUUUUGUUUAAAAAUGUUUGGAAUUUUUCUUAAAAAUUAUAUGAUGAUAAUAGAAAUAUAAAAUAGUAAAUUUGAACAAAAAAUUGAACUAGAAAAUCAACCAUUUCAGAUGAGUGAUAAGAAUAUUCGAAAAAAAUCAUACUACUUUGUGUGCAAUAUCAUGUUCAGAAAAUUACAAACCCCAAUGAGCUGCACAUACAGUGUGAAAGGAAAUUCGUUGAUGGAACCAUGUUCCGGAAGAGGUAUUUGCCUUAAAGGAACAUGUCUUUGUGAAAUUCGUUACAGUGGCGAUGAAUGCAAUGAUUAUAAUAUCCCAUAUCAUGCAAGUGUUUCAUCAGUGUUCUAUUUUGUGGCUGCUUUGUCAAUAAUUCAACUUUUCAUAUGCUGUAAAAGCGAGUAUAAGCGAUUGAAACAGCCAUCAUUGCUUCAGGCCAUUCGAAUUACAACUCAAAAAUUACUUUACUUCGUUGUUUUCAUUGCAGCUUCAUUACGUGGAGCUUAUUUUACCACUCCUGAAGGCUUACAACCAAAGUGGGUCCUAUCAGCCUAUUAUCCAUUGCUUCUGACAUGCAGUUCUUUAGUAACGUGCAGCUGGGCAGAAAUAUUUCAUUUGCGUAACAUACGUGCAAAACAGUUUUUGUCAAAAAGCUUUCUUGGAUUUUUAGCAUUCAACAUUCUUCCAUAUAGUUUAUUUGGCGCUGAAAUCUUAUCAACCCAUGUUUCAAACAAAACCGAUCUAUACGCUUCAGUUUUCAGUGGUUGCUAUGCGUUUUUGUUGUUGAUAGUUUUGAUCUUUUUUCUGAUUUAUGGGGUAGAAGUGUUUUUCAAAAUUCGUGGUGAAUUUUUGUAUGACUGUAAUGUUUACCAAGCAAAUCGUACAUUAAAAUCAUCGAGAAAACAAAAUGCAAAGGACAUAAAUAUGGUGCAAGUUAGCCAUGCACGAUUUGGUUUACUCAGUCAAGCAGGAAUUAUGGUCAUUAUUGUUGUAUUUUUGGCAUCUGAUUCAUUUGGCAACUUUUGGAAGAGUAAGGUGGACAUUACAACGAGAAAUUGGCAUCACUUCAGAUAUGAAACUUUGCACUAUCUAAGUGGCUCAAAAUCCAAUGGUAUCUUUUCUUCGCGACCACAAAAUUGAUAUCAAAAAUAUUGUGUUUCAAAUGUUGGUAUCGUCACUCGUUCUUCACAUCGUGUUUACUUGAAGCUGAGAAAAUAAAAACGCCAAAUCCAAAUGUUAAAAGCUGUUUAUAUAAAAAAAGAAUUAAAAUUGUACAUAUAGGGGAAGAUGGGGUAAACCGACGCACGAUUUAACACAGUUAUUGUAGUCGGACAUCAUGGGCGGUCAUCAUGGACAACCAUGGUUGACCCGAGGGUAGUUCCAGGCACCAUCAUGGUCGGCCAUCGUGGUUUAGCAUAAUAAAAUGUUUUAUGUACUUUUGA